UUUUACUCCUGUUUGUGCUCUUCUUGCAUUAGUUGGCUGAUGCAAUUUGAUGUGUUUGGUGGUUUUAUGUUGAAUUUCGGCACUGAAGUUUUCGAUUGCAAAUCAUCGAAUGUAAAGAUGCCUCGUACUUAUGUAAGGAAAAAAGAAGCACCUUCUUAUACAACUGAAGAUGUUGCGAAUGCCGUUGCAGAUGUCCAAAAUAAAAAUAAAACGUAUCGUCAAGCAGAAACGUUCUAUGGUGUUCCCAGAUCAGUUAUUUACCAAAGGAUAGGAGGAAGAAAGACUCCAUUAAAUGUGACAAAGGUUGAACGUUUCCAAGUUUUACCCUCAGAUAUCGAAAAUGAAAUAGUGAAAUGUUUAUUGGCACGUACUGCGAUGGGUCUACCAUGUGACAAAGCAGAACUUAGAAAACUGGUUGGAGAGUAUGUUAAUGCAAAAGGUUUGGGAACACCAUUUAAAAAUGGAGUACCGGAAGAAGACUGGUACUACUCAUUCAUGAAAAGACAUCCUGAACUGUCUCUUAAGAAACCGGAACAUUUGCAAAAACUGCGGAAGGAUGCUAGAAAACCUGAGAUCGUCUACCAUUUUUUUGAUGACCUGAAAAGAUUUAUUGAUGAAAAUAAUUUAGAUGAUAAAGGAAGCUUUAUUUUUAAUGCUGACGAGUCAGGUUUUAAUAAAUCCCUAUCGUAUUAGGGCAAUUGGAGAGAAAGGAAAAAGGAAAAAGGAUAUCUGGAGGCUCUGGAAGAGAGUCGACGACAGUCUUAGGAUGUGUUUCUGCCGAUGGAAAAGCACUUCCACCGUUCAUCGUAUUCAAGGGAGCUGGAGUUCAGGCUCGUCCAGGAACUCUAUAUGCGGCCUCCACUAAUGGAUGGAUGAAGGAGCCGUAAUUUUUCUAGUGGUUUACGACAGGGUUUAUACCUCACAUUAAAGAUUUAAGAACUUCCCAAAACCUUCUAGAUCAAACAGCUCUACUGUUGUAUGAUGGUCACAGCAGUCAUAUGAGCGUCAGAAUUAUUGAAGAGGCAAUGCACAACAAUAUUAUUUUGAUAAAGUUUCCAAGCUAUCUUACGGAUAAGCUUUUGGACAAGUGUGUCUUCUAGUUGAUCAAAACAAAUUCCCAAAAAAUGAAUUUACACCAGAAGACUUGGCCAAAUACGAAGCUGCCCUCAAAGCUCCGAAAUUUGUAACAUCCGAUGCUAUUAUUAUCCAACCAGUAUCCUCUAAAUCAACUGUUGUUGCAAUUUCUGAACCAAACCCACUUCUACCCACGGUCGACGAUCAAAUGCCUUCAACUUCAUCAUGUUGUAGUCAACAUCAUUCAGUGUCAUCAGUUGAAAGCCGACAGCAGCCUUCUACAUCGUCAACUGACUACCAAAAAUUAUUAGUGGCCCCAUAGUCCACAACCAUCGACGUCAUCGUCUAUCAGUAAAUCGACAGAAAUUACCAACAUUUUCUUGCCACUCAGCCGCCGCGAAGAUAUUGUUGAAGAGAAAAAACAAGUCAUACCGAGAUUAAAGCAACAAAGAUAUGGAGAGGUAUUAACAACCAACCAAGUCUUGGAAAGACUAAGAGCAGCAGAAGAGAAAAAGAAAAAUAAAGGAAAAAAAGGCUAAUCCGAAAACGGACAACAAAAAGUUAGAGCCGAAAUUGAAAAAAAUGAGAAGUGAACCAGUUGCAGAGUCGGAAAGUUCUGAUGGAGAAAUAAGUCUAGGUGAUACUGAUGAUGAAAUAGAUUGGGUAGAACCGGAAAAACAAGAUAUAGAGCUUAAAACAGUCAAGAGUUCAAACUUGUCCACCGGGAAAUUUAUUCUUGUGCAGUUCAAAGGUGGAAAGAUAAAGAGUACUCUUUUUAAAUAUGUGUGUUUAAUUGAAGCUGUGGAUGAAAAAUUAACGGAAAUCAAAGUGACUGGUCUUAAAUCCUGGGAUGCAUCAAAAAUGCUUUUCAACAUUCUUGAAACUAAUGUCAGUUAUAUAACCUUGAAUCAAAUCAUUGGUGUGCUUCCCGAUCCUGGCAUUCAAAUGAAGGGAGAGAGAAUACUAUACAACUUUCCAGCAAUAGUUCCUGUUUAUGAGCAAAACUAAUUUUUUAUACCUAUAUUAUUAUAAUUACAUACUUAGAAUAAAUUUCUUUUAUUAGCGUUCUCAAAAAUAGUUUAGUUUGGUUAGUUAAAAUAAACAGAACUGUUGGAAAAUA